CAUGGUGACGCUGGAGCACUUUCUCGCUGUGUUGACGUGUGUUAGCUGUUAGCUAACUGUAGCCGUUAGCUAACUGCAGAUAAGACCAGGAAACGUCAGCUAACAUCGCAAGAAACUGUCAGAAUUAAAAACACAAGGGUUACAGGUUGAAAAUUACUUUAUAUUCCUCCACGAGCAGGUUUUGAGUGUUUGGGAAAAUCCUCCACCAGUUCACAGAAACAGGAGUCCUCCUGCCUGCACCCGGCCUCAUUCAGGACAGGAGACUGAAAAGACUGGAUCCCCAAGUGAGGAUGUGCUGCACAGAGGAGAUUGUGUUUGGAAGGAAUCUGUGAACAUAACACCAAGGGUUGAAGAACGAGCCGCAUCAGCGCCUGAAGAAGAAGAGCUGGAAAUGAAAGACUGGAGGAACACGCAGUCAUCAGGUCCAGGAGAAACAGGAGGGAGGACUCAUACUCCUCCGCUUGUUGAACCUCUCCAUACACAUGAGGUGAAGGAGGAGGAAGGACAGAGACAGGAAGAGGACGCUCAGGAUGAAGAUCUUGCAGCUCCCUUGGACCUGAAAUUAAAGUUCCUCAGAGCUGUGGUGGACAGAGAGUUGCCGCUCGCCCAUAAGCUGUGUCAGUUCAUUCUCAUCUAUGAACCAGACCAUCCUGAGGCCUCUGAGUUUCUCUCGCUGAUCCAGCAGAAGCUGCUGGAGGAGCAAGAGGAACAGGAGAGCAACGAGGAAGAUGAGGAAGAAGAUGAUGUUAGCGAUGAUGAUGAAGAGUCUUCUCAGAGCACCAGCUCUUCUUCCUCAUCUGACGAUGAUGAUGAUGAUGACGACAAUGAAGAAGACACAUAAGUGAACAGACACACAUCACCUCCCAUUAAAUCUUUUGGACUAAUCUCUCUUCUACUUUUCUAUAAGCAUCUUUUGAAAAAACCUAUUCUACAUUUUAAUACAGAGUAACUUUGGUCAGUAUAAGUCUUUGAUCAUUUUGUAGAUUUGAUCUAUUUUUCAUUAUUGACCUGUAUAUAAAUAUAUACUGUGGACAAAGCUGAUGCACUCGGGGGAAGAAAGUUAUUAAACCUCUGCUGAUAUAAAUCUAAUCAUCUGUGAACCUGAAGAGAAAGGUUUAAAGAUUCAGAGAAAGGGUUUCACUUAUUUCACAGAUAUUUGCUCUAUAUUGCGCACACAAUACAUUAACUUGUCUGCACAUGGUAAAUGUGAAUAACCAAAUGAUAAUAAUAAAUAACUAAGAAAAAGUCAA